AUGAUGGAGAGGGUACUGAGUAACAAAUGGAUGGCGACGGUGGCAAGCAUGUGGAUUCAGUGUAGCUGCGGUGUUUACACCUUCAGCGUCUACUCCUCUGUUCUGAAAUCAAGCCAAGGCUACGACCAAUCAACGCUCGAAACUAUGGCCGUUUUCAGAGACAUUGGAUCAAUCGGUGGUGUCCUAGCUGGGCUCCUCUACUCCGCCGUAACAAACGGUAGUAAUCACUCUGGUUUCGGUGGGCCAUGGGUGGUUCUCCUAGCCGGAGCAACCCAGAAUUUCUUGGGCUAUUUUCUAACGUGGGCUUCUGUCGUGGGAUUAAUCAAACGGCCUCCGGUGCCUUUGAUGUGUCUCUUCAUGUACUUGUCAAGUCAAUCUAUGCCGUUCUUUAACACAGCCAAUACAGUUUCAGGUGUGCAAAACUUCCCUGAUUAUAGUGGGACCAUUGUGGGCAUAAUGAAGGGAUUUUCUGGGAUUAGUGGAGCAAUACUAAUCCGUGCAUAUAACACAUUCUACGAGGGCGAGCCGAGUAAAUUCCUUCUAAUGCUUGCUCUGUUGCCUACACUCAUCUCCCUUGUGCUUAUGCUCUUGGUAAAAAUUUAUAGAACAAACACAGGUGAUGACAAGAGGCACUUGAAUGGUUUCUUUGCUGUUGCUCUGAUCAUUGCUGGUUAUCUCAUGAUUAUAAUAAUUUUGGAAAAUAUCUUCACUUUACCAUUAUGGUCAGACAGAGUCAUCUUUAUACUACUUUUGCUUCUACUCGCAUCACCUCUUGGAAUUGCAAUCAGAGCCCAGAAUGAGGACUCCAAGAGAGUUCCAGAAACGCUUUCCUUUGACAGUAAUCCAUUAAGAGGACACCCUGAGUUACUGCGAUCCUCCUCUGACUCUUCUGUACCCGAGGAUAUGGCAUACCAUGAACUGCCUAGUGUUGCUCUAGAUGACAAAAUUCUGUUUGAUGAAGAAGGCAUGAAUCUUUUGCAAGCCAUGUGCACUGUGAACUUUUGGUUGUUGUUUAUUGCGGUGAUAUGUGGAAUGGGCUCUACAAUGGCUGUGAUAAACAACUUGAGCCAAAUGGGACAAUCUCUCAAUUACACUAGUGUGGAGGUGAAUAAUUUGGUCUCUUUAUGGAGUAUAUGGGAUUGUCUUGGCCGUGUUGGAGCUGGUUAUUUAUCAGAUUAUUUACUACACACAAGAGGCUGGGCAAGACCAUUGUUGAUGGCUAUUACUCUAGCAACAAUGAUUAUUGGCCUCAUCGUUAUUGUUUCUGGAUUUCCUAGAAUAUUAUAUGUGGGUUCUAUCCUAAUAGGCAUUUGUGAUGGUUCUCUGUGGUCAUUAAUUCCCACAAUUACUUCGGAUAUAUUUGGUGUUAGGCAUAUGGGUACUAUUUUCGGCGCUAUUACCCUAGCAUCUCCUGUUGGAUUUUAUAUUUUCUCUGUCAAACUUAUAGGCUAUAUUUACGAUAAGGAGGCAGGUGGUGAUGAUCACUCGUGCUUUGGCACUCAUUGCUUUACGUUAUCUCUUUUAAUCAUGGCAUCCUUGGCUCUUCUGGGGUUUCUUUUGGCCAUUGCAUUAUUCAUUCGUACUAAGAGGUUCUAUUCGCUGAGGAGAUUAAAGGACUCUGUAAAAUGA